AUGAUUAUUUUAUUAAAUAUUCUAAUAUAAUUUUUAGAAAUUAAAGCAAGAAUUUGCAAUCCUUAUGGCUUUCGAUAAUCUCUGGGACAUUAUUAUUCUAAUUUACAUUAUUAAUAAGAUGUCAUCAGAAUAACAUUUAAUUCAGAGGUACAUUUUACUAGCAAAAAUAGGGUCCUUGUAAAUCUUCAUUUGCUCUUCUUUUAGAAAAUUAGACAUUUUAUGAAUAUGAAACGAGUCUUGUCUCAACAAAUGAGAUGGCAUUUUGUAAUAAUUAUCAUACAUUUAUUCACACCUUUAAAAUUGGGAUUAAAUAUUUACAAUAUAAUUAUUCAAUCAAUUAUUACGUACAUGAGGGGAAAUCCAUUUAUGGUCCGUUUAUGAUUUAUUAUUCAGGAUUAUAAAAGCUAAGCAGAUUUAUUAUCUUAGGUAAUUUAGAUUCAUAAUGGAAAUUAAAUAAUUCCUAACAUACAUUUAACUUUUUAGAAAGUUCUGUGAAAAACUAUUAAUAAUUUGAUGCAAUUAUAUUUUUAGGAAGUAUGGCUUUCAAUUUGGAAGAUGAAAGUUGUUAAACAGGUGAUUAUUUUAUAAAAAAUAUAUCAACUUUUACUUCACAUUAUCCUUUUAUGAUUGCUCCAGGGAAUUAUGAUGCUGGAUAAUCAAGAAAGUUUAAUUUUAUUAAGUAAUAAUUUUAAAUGCCUGUAAUUUCAGAUUAUAGACUUGAUUUACUUGAAUAUUAUAGUUAUGAUAUAGGAUUUGCUCAUUUUAUUUAAUUCAAUCCUUUCUAAUUAAUAUUUCUAAGUUUUUCACAAUAAUAAUUGAUUGAUCUUUUGGAAGAAGAUUUAUAAAGAAAUAAAUAACCUUGGAUUAUAGUAUAUACCCAUUAUCCUCUAUAAUGUUCAGGAAUUUCUUAAUGCCUAUUUCUCAUUAAUAAUUUACAAGACUUUAUAAAUAUUUUCAAUAAGUAUAAAGUUGAUUUGGUUUUUUCUUCUUAUGCAAAUAUAUAUUAAAGAUAUCUACAGGGAAAUCUUAAUUCAUUUAUCUAAGUUAUCGAAGGAAAUAGUGGAAAUGAUGGGAAUUUUGACGACUUUAAUAUUAAUUCAUCUGAAAUAGCAUUCUAAUCCAAAGAAAUAGGAUUUGGAGAAUUAAUUAUUCAUAAUGAAACUCAUUUAUUUUACUAACACAAAUUAUCUAAUAAUAACUAAAGUAUUGAUUAAUUUUGGAUAACAAAAAAAAAUAAUAAGAAGUUUUCAAAUUUUUUUCUUCUUACUAUAAUUUUAAUUGUGAUCACCUUCAUUUCAUAAUUAUGCUUAAUUUAUCGAUGUAUUAGAAGAGAAUAAAUAUAAAAAAAAUUUAAUUUAGUAAGUAAAUUGAAUAUAUGA